UUGUGAGAGCACACUCGUCCCUAUUGCACACAUCUAAAAGUUUUUUUGCAUAUUCAUAUAAUUAGCAAGAUGCAAAAUUUCGCAAAAAUUUGCUCCGUCCUAGUUUUUACUUUCUCCUCACUUUCUCUCACUAAUUCCGCCACCAUCCCAACCUCAAGUCUGCUAACGUUUCGAAAUCGAGAACAAUUAGACCUCAACGGCAAAGUAUGGCUCGCCUGGGAGUACGACGAUGCUACGGGAUUAGUCACUUUUGAGAUGGAAGUGGAAACCACGGGGUUUGUCGGACUAGGGAUUUCUCCAACCGGCGGGAUGACCGGGGCCGAUAUUUUCAUUGCUGGAGUAGAUCCUGAAGGGACUGCGUAUUAUUCCGAUCGCAACGGACAAGGCAAUUUUGAGCCUGGCAUCGACGCCCAUGAAGAUUGGAACUUGAUCAGUGCGAUUGAAGCUGUGGGGAAAACCUAUCUCAAAUUUUCUAGACUUGCUGAUACCUGUGAUGAGCAAGAUUAUCCGAUCGGGAACGACACGGUCCGAUUAAUCUGGGCGUACGGAGUUACAGAUCAAAUCACAUAUCACAGCUCGGCCCGAAGGGGUACAAAAUCUCUGAACCUUAUCGGUGAACCAAUUCCGGAAGUCGAUUUAUCCGGAACAACCAAAUAUGAAAUGACGUUAGACAUGGAGAUGCCAUCUUAUGACACCACAUAUUGGUGCAGUUUCUUUAAAGGCCCUAUCCUCCCAACUAAACACCACGUUAUCGCGUUCGACUCGCUCCUUGAAGGUGACGCCGCUGUCCAGCACACGCAUCACUUCAUCCUAAAAAAUUGCUACCUUCCUCCCGGUUCGAAUCAAACGUUGGACGAAAUAUUUGGGGAUUACACCGUCGAUACAGGAUUUCUCGGAGGACGUUGUUUCGAUCCGGAAGCCGACGUCCCAAUACCGGACGAAUAUUGUGGGGAGGACCUUUUCGUUUGGGCAAAAGGGGGAAAGAUAAUGACAUUUCCCGAUAAUGUUGGAUAUCCCAUCGGUGACGGGGAUAAUGCCGGGAAACAGAUAUACUACAUGAUUGAAAUCCAUUUCGAUAAUCCCGACGAAGAGGAAGGUAUCCAGUUCAAGACGGGGGUCCAGUUCUAUUACACGGACGAAAUCAGAGAACACGACGCUGGUCAGCUAGCUAUUGGCCAUAUGACCAAUCCAGUUCUCACUAUUCCCCCAAAUGUGGACGAUUUCGUCAUUACUGGUCACUGUCCACCAGAGGCGACCCGAUGGGGAAUUGCACCUGAGACGGGCAUUACAGUUUUCAAUUCGUUGCUCCACUCACAUAUUUCCGGUCGGAAGCUUAAAACUCGCCACUUUCGAGGUAACGUGGAACUUCCAUGGAUCGAUUACGAUGAUCACUAUGAUUUCGACUACCAACAAAAUAAACCAAUCAGAGAAAUGCAAAUUCUUCCCGGGGAUCAAAUUACUUUGGAAUGCACUUACUCCAGCAAAUGGGCAAAUGGGAAAGCGGUCGUCGGCGGAUUGUCUACCCGACACGAAAUGUGCUCCACAUUCCUGUGGCACUAUCCAAGACAAGAUAUGAACCAAUGCUUCUCGGAAACGCCUUUCGAGAAACAUUAUGAAGAUUUCGGAAUCACGAAAUACGAAUUUGUCACCGGCAUCGGCGAGUCAAUCGUCAUGAUUGAGGAACCCGCAUACUUGGCAGGAAAUUACCGCGAGACCAUUUCCAACUUUAACAAUUGGACGGAGCCCUUCAUCCAGCAGUAUGGGAGCGAACAUAGAUACGGCGUGCAUGAGGUCGCCUCCUACAAGCAGAUUACGGGGGAUUAUCUCGUUUCUGAUGCUUCUUAUCCUUAUGGUUAUGUUCCAUACGUACCUAUCGAUGUGUGUCAGGCGACAACUAACCCAACAGAAGGGACAACGCCAGAGGUCACAACCGUUACGCCAGAGGUCACCACUCCCACUCCUGAGGUCACUACUACCACGCCAGAGGUCACCACUCCCACUCCUGAGGUCACUACUCCCACUCCAGAGGUCACCACUCCCACCCCAGAGGUCACCACUCCCACGCCAGAGGUCACCACUCUCACUCCUGAGGUCACUACUCCCACGCCAGAGGUCACCACUCCCACUCCUGAGGUCACUACUCCCACCCCAGAGGUCACCACUCCCACGCCAGAGGUCACCACUCUCACUCCUGAGGUCACUACUCCCACGCCAGAGGUCACCACUCCCACUCCUGAGGUCACUACUCCCACGCCAGAGGUCACCACUCCCACCCCAGAGGUCACCACUCCCACUCCUGAGGUCACAACGGCGCAGUCAACAACUAAUGCACCCACCACACCCACUACUACGAGUACCACUUCACCACCACCUACUCAAACUUCCACGGAAACAACGACCGCUUCAAGUGCAAUUGCAAGAAAGUCUUUCAAUCUGCACCAAUUUGUAAUAAUUUGUCUCACAUUUUCAAUAAUUCAUAUUUAUUAAGUGUCCCCCUUGUUAUUGAAUUCUAACAUUUUA